AUGGGUACUAAGAAGGUGUCAUACUUCUUUAACCCGGACGUGGGAAAUUUUCACUAUGGACCAGGGCAUCCCAUGAAACCGCAUCGGCUUUCGGUCAUCCAUCAUCUGGUGAUGAACUAUGGAUUGCAUAAAAAGAUGCAAAUCUACCGGCCAUACAAAGCAAGUGCGCAUGAUAUGUGCCGGUUUCACAGUGACGAAUACAUCGAGUUCCUCCAGCGAGUUACGCCGCAAAACAUUCAGGGUUACACCAAGUGUCUUUCCGUGUUCAACGUCGGUGACGAUUGUCCGGUGUUUGAUGGGCUGUUCGAGUUUUGCGCCAUGUACACCGGAGCCUCACUGGAGGGUGCGCAAAAGCUAAACCACAACCACAGUGAUAUUUGCAUCAACUGGUCGGGCGGACUGCACCAUGCGAAAAAGUUCGAAGCAUCCGGCUUCUGUUACGUGAACGACAUUGUGAUAGGCAUACUAGAGCUGCUAAAGUAUCAUCCGCGCGUCCUGUACAUCGAUAUCGACGUGCAUCAUGGUGAUGGCGUGCAGGAAGCAUUCUAUCUGACCGAUCGCGUCAUGACGGUUUCGUUCCACAAGUACGGCAACUACUUCUUCCCCGGUACGGGAGAUAUGUACGAAAUUGGGGCCGAAUCUGGUCGCUAUUAUUCUGUGAACGUGCCACUCAAGGAAGGCAUCGACGAUCAAAGCUAUGUUCAGGUGUUUAAACCGGUCAUUUCGGCCGUGAUGGAGUUUUAUCAGCCUACUGCGAUCGUACUACAGUGCGGUGCCGAUUCACUGGCGGGCGAUCGGUUGGGUUGUUUCUCGCUCAGCACCAAGGGUCACGGAGAAUGCGUAAAGUUCGUCAAGGAUCUGAAUGUGCCGACGUUGGUCGUCGGUGGCGGUGGGUAUACGUUGCGCAAUGUGGCACGCUGCUGGACGUACGAGACCUCACUUCUGAUCGAUGAAACCAUCUCGAACGAGCUACCAAUGAACGAUUAUCUAGAGUUUUUCGCGCCCGACUUUACGCUUCAUCCUGACAUCCCGAGCAGGCAGGAUAAUGCGAACAGCAAACAAUAUCUGGAAGCGAUCACGCGGCACGUGUACGACAAUCUGAAGAUGUGCCAGCACGCGCCCAGUGUGCAGAUGUUUGACAUACCCGAGGACGCCUUGCCGGAGGAGCUGAAGACAGUGAAGACAGAGGAGCCGAACCCGGAUGUGCGCAUCACUCAGGAGGAUGAAGACCGGUUGGUGGAGCCUAAGAACGAGUUCUAUGACGGUGAUAAUGACAACGAGAAGAGUGAAAACGAGCCCUAG